CUUCUCUAAUACUAGCUCCGGCUUGGAUACGCUUCCUUAGCAACGGGUUGCCCUGGCAACAGGAGGACGCGGAACUGCCGGUUUGGAUUCUGGCAGUUGGUAGCACCUGCUAGCGGUCGGAGGCGCGGGUGAGCCAUGACUGAGAUCCUCUGCCAGUGGCUCAACCAGGAUUUGAAGGUGUCCCGGACCGUGAGUCCCAAGUCAUUUGCAAAAGCAUUUUCCAGUGGCUAUCUGAUUGGAGAAGUUCUGCACAAGUUUGAACUUCAGGAUGAUUUUUCAGAAUUUUCAGACAGCAGGGUUUCAUCUGCCAGACUUAAUAAUUUUUCCCGCUUGGAGCCAACUCUUCAUCUUCUGGGUGUGCAGUUUGAUCAGAACAUGGCCCAAAGCAUCAUUACCGAAAAGCCUGGGGCAGCAACAAAGCUUUUAUAUCAAUUGUACAUUGCUCUUCAGAAAAAGAAGAAAAGCGGACUGACUGGAGUAGAACUACAAACCAUGCAACCACAGACAAGUGUGAGACUUCAAAACAUGAAAAGUGAGGCUUUCCGAGAGAGACUUAAAAACCUGAUACCACGUCAAACUGAUUUUGAUCUGAUGCGGGUUGCACACAGGUUUGAAGAAAAAUAUAGACGCAUGAAUGAAGAUGUUGCCCGAAUGCAUUUCGAGAAACUUGAAAGAGUUCAAAAACUUGAGGAAGAUCAAAGAUAUUUUAAUAUUGAAAAGCAACGCUUAAGCAGAAGACGACAAAAUGAAAUAAUGGCCAAAAUCCAAGCAGCUAUCAUACAGAUUCCCAAACCUGUGUCCAAUCGCACUUUGAAAGCACUUGAGGCCCAAAAGAUGAUGAAAAAACAAAAAGAAGCAGAGGAUGUGGCCAAAGAGAUUAAGAAGUUUGAAGCAUUAAUAAAAAAGGAUCUCCAGGCAAAAGAAAGUGCAUCCAAGACUUACUUAGAUCCAGCAGACCAGACAGCUGCUGAUUUGUUAAAUACUUACUCUGAUGAUGACUACAUUAAAAAAAUCCAGAAGCGCCUAGAAGAAGAUGCUUUUGCACGAGAGCAAAGGGAGAAAAGAAGGCGGAGGUUGUUAAUGGAUCAGUUAAUAGCCCAUGAAGCACAGGAGGAGGCCUACCGGGAGGAGCAGCUGACUCACAGGCUGAUGCGCCAGUCCCAGCAAGAGCGCAGGAUUGCCGUGCAGCUCAUGCAUGUUCGGCAUGAAAAGGAAGUUUUGUGGCAAAACAGAAUUUUCAGAGAAAAACAGUAUGAGGAAAGACGACUUAAAGAUUUCCAGGAUGCUCUUGAUCGAGAAGCGGCUCUGGCAAAACAAGCCAAGAUUGAUUUUGAAGAACAAAUCCUCAGAGAGAAGGAAAUUCAUGAAAAGAUUGCUGUGGAAAGGGCUCAAGUGCGUUAUAAAAAGCAUUAUGAUAUGUGUGGAGAAAUUUUGGAUCAAAUACUUGAUUUGUCCACUAAAGUGGCAGACUAUCGAAUGUUGACAAAUAACAUGAUUCCAUACAAGUUGAUGAAUGAUUGGAAGGAACUGUUUUUUCAUGGAAAACCCAUAUAUGAACAAGCCACUAGCAAACAUGAAAUUGCUAAGUCUUCUGCAGAACAACUUGUAGAACUGGAGAAAAGGGAUUUGCUAGAUAAAAAUGAUUAUGAAGAAUAUAAGGUAUAUACUGAUAUGGAAUAAUUAAAGAGAAAAUGCUAUAAUAAAUUUUCCUUAACAUUAA